AUGACCGGGAUGAUGGAAGCAUCAAUGACACUCAGUCCAUUCACGCCAUAUACCUGCAAGUUGGAUCCGACGACACCUCCAAGGUUCUUUGGCAUCAUGGCAGCCGUACCACAGGGGUGCGAGAUAGUGGGUAACGCGUUCGACCUGAUGAACGAGAUGAGGUCGCUAUCCGAGGUGACAUUGGUACCCGGGACGAACUCGACGGGCGAGAGUGCCGCCCAGGAUGGCAUG